AUGGCGGCUGCGGCCAGUCCCGCCCACGCGCCUCAGACCCCUCCUCCAGCCCCACCUCCUGCCCGCCCUCAAGCUCUCCCGCUGGCCCCGCCCCACAACGCCUGGGGGGCGGAGUCGCCGCCGGCACGUCCAGCCCGGCCUCCGCCUCCCGGAGGAGUGCUGCUCCUUGACUGGGCUCGGGCCCCGCACCCCCGCCCCGUUAGCCUAGACCGGACGCUCCUUGGCCGCGUCUCGGCUGCAGCCAGCUCCUGGGGCCUUCAGCCGCCCGGCUCCACCUCCCCUCCAAGCACUCGGCGACCUCCCCCCCCCCCCUUUGGCUCGGGGCUGCAGAGCUUGCGGGCCCGCCCCCUCGCGAGCCCCUCCCUCAGGACCCCGCGGCGGGGACACACCCAGACACACCCCCCACCGCGGCCGCCUCGGCCGCCCUGUCCCGGGUCCCGGGGCGCCGCCCCCUUCCCCCCCUCCCGCGCCUCACCUGUGCGCUGGCUGCUCUUCGGCCGCGCGUUCUGCUCUCUUUUCCCGGGUUCUGUGCCAUCUCCCCGCUUAGCCAGGUCACCCUUUGCCCAUGCUCCCUGA